AGAAAAUUACCCUCCGCCGGAUUUGAAAACCCUAAUUUUUCUCCUCUGUUUUGAGCUCAGCCGUUUCGAAGUGCAAACACAGGCACAGACACAGUAGUAACAGAGAUCCAAUAUGAAGUUCAACAUUGCAAAUCCCACCACUGGAUGCCAAAAGAAGCUCGAGAUCGAUGAUGAUCAGAAGCUGCGAGCAUUUUGGGACAAGAGAAUCUCACAAGAGGUUCUUGGUGAUGCUUUGGGUGAGGAAUUUAAAGGCUAUGUUUUCAAGAUUACUGGAGGUUGUGAUAAACAGGGAUUUCCAAUGAAGCAGGGAGUGUUGACCCCUGGUCGCGUUCGCCUCUUGCUCCAUAGAGGAACUCCUUGUUUCCGUGGAUAUGGAAGGCGCAAUGGGGAGCGUAGGAGGAAGUCUGUUCGUGGGUGCAUUGUCAGCCCAGACCUCUCUGUUCUGAACUUGGUAAUUGUGAAGAAGGGUGACAAUGAUUUACCAGGCCUGACAGACAUUGAAAAGCCAAGGAUGAGGGGUCCAAAGAGAGCCUCCAAAAUCCGCAAGCUGUUCAACCUUUCCAAGGAAGACGAUGUGAGGAAGUAUGUCAACACAUACAGGAGGACAUUCACAACCAAAAAUGGGAAAAAGGUGAGUAAAGCUCCAAAGAUACAAAGGUUGGUGACUCCCCUGACACUUCAAAGGAAGAGGGCAAGAAUUUCUGAUAAGAAAAAGAGAAUUGCCAAAGCAAAAUCAGAGGCAGCAGAGUACCAGAAACUCCUUGCCUCAAGGUUGAAGGAGCAAAGGGAACGCCGUAGUGAGAGUUUGGCUAAGAGGAGAUCAAAGCUCUCCAGUGCUGCUGUUAAACAAGCUUCCUCUUCAUAGAUCGCUUGAUCUUGGUCAUAGUUUUUUACAGUGUUAUUUUCAUGAUACCUCUGUUAUUGGAUUUUGUAGUUCAAAUGUAUCGUUUCCUUUUUUUACCUCAACUAUUUAUGUUGUGUUUGAAAGCUUAAUAGAAUUUUAAGUUCUUACCUAAGUUUAGUAAUAAAGGGCUACUAGUGCCUGCCUUUGUCGCGGAUCUUGUGUGCAUGCUGGGAUAAGCAUUAACCGGACUUCCUCACUAAUACACGUGGGAAUCAUUACUUGA